AACAAAUCAGCCGCUACAACAUGCUGCUACGUCUUGGUCAUAGCACAGAAUUAUUCUGUGGUCAUAAUACCAUUGAUUAUAAAUACCACAGAUGAAUUUCAUCUAUUCAGUCGUGGUAUAAAUUACAUGGUAUUAUAUUGUUUCAUAUAUUCUGUGGUAUUACUCUAUGGUCUUGGUAAGUUAUAUUAUCACAAUCCAUAAACCUUGGGCACGUUAUGCGAUACUGAUUCGUCGGACGUUGGUCGUCUUACCGAUUAUUUGCGUUUUGAAAACAUUCCGUUUUCCCAUGUUGACAAAUUGUUACGUAGUUACGUAACGGGAAACAUGCUAAUCGCAUUGCGAUAUAAUAUUAUAAUUAUUAUCUUGUUCUUGUAUCAUAAUAUCAUUGGUAAAUUGGCUACUACUGUAAGUGGUCGUAUUUUGUCGGCACGAGAUCGGUACACGCGUUUUGUUGUGUCUUUCGUUUCGGUUUCCGUUUGAAUAGAAAAUGAAUUCAGAACGGUUUGUGACCCGUGUCUUGUUUUUCGUCGUUUGCGCCACGGCGGUGGUCUGUCUGAAGAAAGAUCAGUACUUUUGCGAGUUGUCUUCGUCGUGUACGUGCAUGACAGCCAACGACAACAACAAUAUCGACUUGGAUGGAGUGAAUUUGACGCUGACGAUCGCGGAUAACCAGACGUUGAAUUAUCAACCUUGCGUCAGUGAAAUCGUUAUUGUAAAUGGGACAUCCAAUUCUUCAAUACAGGUUGCCAAUUAUACGCAUACUUAUGUUAAAAUAAGCGACGUGGUAACAUUUAUCUACACAAAUGACUACGACCUGCAUGAGGUUGAUGUAAUUUUGGUGUGUGAUUCAUUGGCAGUCAGUGGAAAUGAAUCUUUGGCAAAUUUCAAAAAUGUCACUGCUAACCAAUGUACGGUUGAACUUAGUACCAAUAAAGUAUGUGGAUUGAAUUUAAACAAUGCAUAUGAUAACAACUCAGAAUCAGAAUCUUGGACUUACUUUUUUUCAUUUGUCUUGGUUGUUGCAUUUGUUUACUUUGUUGGCGGAUCUGUAGUAAAUGCCUGUUUAUUUAAUGAAAUUGGUAUUAAUAUGAUUCCUCAUCAUGCAUUUUGGUCAUCACUUUACGAUAAAAUCAAGGAUAAACUAUGUGGAACAUCUACAAUGGCAACAGCUUAUGAAAGCAUAUAAAAUAUUUUGUUUUUAUUUUAACAAAAAUAAGAUGCUCAUGCAUACUGUAUUGCCAACUGCUGGGCAUGAUAUUGCUGAAUGCGAAGUAUAAUUUAUAUUUUGUAUUUUAUUAUUCUUUAUUUUCAAAGGAAACACUAUAUUAAAACAUUUUAAUGUUUUGUGUAUUAUUGUUUUAUUUGAUAAACAUAUUAUUUUUAUUUUUGUCAAAACAUACCUAUUUAAAAUUUACUUUAUUGCAAGUAAUGUUCUCAAUUCAUUAUUAAUAAAAAUUCUAUUGUAACCAGGGUUUUCUUAUAAUGUAUUAAUGUGAUCUAAAAAUAUUUAAAUAGUCAUUAAUUUUAUACAAAAAUAUGUAAAAGUCAAUGUUGUAAAAAUGUUUUGAAAAUGACAUAAUGAUUUAGAUUAAUUAUUCAAAAAUACUUUCUUAAUAAAUUUCCUGUAAAGAUUAUUCGAUUUUCUAACAUAUACAGCCAAAGAAUAAAUACAAAGUAUAUUUACUUUAUAACUUAUAAUAAUUAUUUAUUUUAUCUAUUUCAAAAAAUACCAGAUAAAUAUUAUUUAGUAUUAGAAAAUUUUGUUUUAAAUAUGUGUAGAUAUAUUGGUUUAAUUACCAGUUCAAUAUAUUCAAAAAAAAUUUUAUUUUUAGCAUCUGCCAUUUGAAAAAUGUAAUUUGUUUAUAAACAAUUAUUUUUAUAAAUCUAGCUUAUUAAAUUAAUUAUUUAUUUAGUUUUCAUAAUACACUAUAGUAAAUAUUUGCUAGUCCAUUAGUUAAUGUACGUUAGGCAAUUUUUUUUUUUACCAUGUUAAAAUUUCUAUACAAAUACAUAUACUGGUAUUUAUUAUUUUAGUAUAGAUAUAUAAUAUAAAAUACGCCUUUUAUUUAGUCUAUUUUUUGAGUUACCAGUUUCUAAAAGUACUUAUAUAUUGUUUGAUGUUAUGAAUCAUGAUUUGUUUUGUUUUCUAUGACUUAUAAUUAAGGUAUUUCAUUAUUGUGUGUAUAACUAAUCAAAAAUUGUAUCAUUAUUAUAUAAUUUUUUUUUUUUAUUACAAAUGUAACAACAUCCUUUAGCUAUUUACAGUAUGAGUACAUUAAUUACUCUAUUCCAUAUAAGAGCAAUUACCGAUCUGAAAAUGGGUGUGAUGUUUGACUGAACUGGGAAAAAUUGGUUGACUCCAAUGACUGUUCUAAUGAGGGUAGAGUAUUUUAAGUUUAAUUUUUUUUAAAUGUAUACUCCAAAAAAAUAAAAUGUUAAAAAAUUUAUUUUUGAAUGAAUGUUAAAAAGUAAUAUGUAUUUUAUUAACUGAAUAUAUAUUUUUUAAAUCAGACUCAUUAA